AUGCUGGGCCCCGGAAAGGAGGGUCUCACACCACCCCCACGGGCCCCCGCAUGCCGUCGGCAUCCCAGCCCCCACCCUCCCCCGGCCCACGUCAGGGCAAGAACGCCCGAACCCGGGGUCCCAGAGCGGGCCUCACCCAGCAGUCAGCGUCAGCCCGUCCUUCUCGGGGUCCAGCACCUUCUGGGUGGACUUUUUGGCAACCCCGUGGCUCCUUCCAGGGAACGUCCCGCCGCCGCUGGAAACCGCCCGCUGGAAACCGCCUCUGGAAACCGCCCGCUGGCGGAGCAGGGGCGCCUGCGCCUUGCGAAUAACCGCAUAGGAUCCGGGUCCCUGUCGCGCGGACCCCUAGCCAACCGCCAACGGCGGUGUCCGUUGCCUGAGCCGCAGCCGCCGCAGUCGCCGCAGCCGCCGCAGCCGCCACAGCCGCCGCAGAGGAGGUUCUAGGAUUCACACAAAGGAGGGAGUCCGAGUCCCUUUGACCAAACUAAAAUCAGAGCUCCAGCUUCACAUGAAUAUCAGUGGCUUUGGCAGCAGGAAGAGCAUCCCUAGACUGUGCGUGAGGAGUCCAGACGGUACACUUGGUUCCUGGGAUCCAGCUUCACUGGGGUAUGAG